GAGAGUGCAUUGCAUCACUACCCACUCCUCGCAGCAUUGGUCGCCAUCCAUCCCCUCUCCUCUUUCCAGUACCAAAACAGAUGGUGGAAAAAUCAUCACAUCUGCCGGGACGCACGACAACAAUAGACAGCAUCUAGCCCAAGAUAACCGGGGCGUCCAUCAUGUUUGCUGUCCAGAGCUCCAUGAGGGUGUGAGCGCCGUCGGGAUUUUUGACACGGGGUACCAUCACGGCAGCCGAGGAUUCUUCUCGCGACUGUCUGGGCUCUCCAUCGAGUGGGGAAGAUGGCCGCCAUGAAAAUUUUAACCAGCAGUGGGCUGUUCUUAGCGUUCUGUGCGUUGGGGUUGCUAGCCAUGGCAAUCUGCACCGACUUUUGGUAUGAGACAGAUGCGCGAAGACACCGAGAAAGGUGUAAAAACUACGCCAACAAGAGAAACGACCCGGGGUACAUCUAUAUCUCAAAUAGCAAUCUCCCCCUCCAGAUGCCCCCAAAGGGCAUUGGAAGGAAAGGUAACAGUCCAAGUGCCGGAGCUCAGCCUCUUAUUAGGGAAAAACGGCACUUUCUGGCCGCAGCGUCAGCUAUGGAGUCCCACUGCAGUCGCCAGUUCAAUUCAACCAUUUCUGGGCUCUGGAGAAAGUGUCAUCGAGAUGGAUUUGACCUGGAGACAGAGGAUCUCAUAUAUAAAGGAUUGAUUCAGCGGUGCAUCCCAGUCAAGUAUCACUACUCCUCCUCCAUCCUUCCGCGAAAUUUACCCAUCAACAUCACCAAGACCAUCCGUCAGGAUGAGUGGCAUGCACUCCAUCUACGCAGGAUGACGGCUGGCUUUGUGGGCAUGGCCGUGUCUAUCAUCCUGUUUGGCUGGAUUAUCGGAGUGCUGGGCUGCUGUCAGCAGCAUGACCUCAUGCAGUAUGUAGCUGGACUACUCUUUCUCAUGGGAGGAACGUGUUGUAUCAUCUCCCUGUGUACGUGUGUGGCGGGCAUCAACUUUGAGCUGUCGCGUUACCCACGCUACAUGUAUGGCCUCCCAGAGGAUAUUAGCCAUGGCUACGGCUGGUCCAUGUUCUGUGCCUGGGGGGGCUUAGGCCUCACUCUGCUGGCUGGUUUCCUGUGCACCCUGGCCCCAUCCCUAAGCACCCCCUCCCGUACAACCGUCCACAAGCCCAGACAGGAGAACGGAACCGUGUGAUGGGACUGUGUGACUGGCCCACAAAGCGCACAAAUAAGCAACACCCAUCCAACUUCGUCCAACGUUUUUGUCCAACCACCAUCUCACCUCACCACCUUCCCUGUCCAUACCACCUCUGUCAUCCAUCUGAAUCAUGAGUGUACCAGAGAAAUUGUACAUGGGAGAACAGAGCAAAGACAUACCAAACUGUACUAUUUACUGUACAUCUAAGACACACAGACAUGGCAAGACUACUAACUCUAUGGCAGCCUAGAGGAAUUGUCUUAAAAUGGUGCUCUCUUUUAACACACACAACACAGAACACAGUCCAAAAGCUUAGAAAGAAACAACAAGCAUCUCUAAAUGGAACAAUCCAACAAACAAGAAAACGUGGCAGAGCAUCCUGUCAUCAUUCCUCUUUUAGUCGGUUGGUCUGUACUGUGUUUGUUAUUGUUCGCAACAAAAUAUUAUGCUGGCAUAAACUGUCCGUUGUUUUGAAUCAGCUGACUGAUGUCAAGCAUUAUCCCUAGGAAGGACUUUACAGUUUAAGCCUAAAACCUGCUUCUUGCAGCAGAGGACCAAGAGCACAACAUGGAAAUGGCAGGGGUGGAACAGCAAGAUAAAAUACAGAACUGCGCUUUUGAAGAGCAAAUCUUUCAGCGCUUCUAUGAUUCAGUAUGUACAAAUGCAUCUCUAUGUAGAUUCAGGUCAUUGUUUGUAUAAAGUAACUCUUGAAUAAGAUUUUUUCCCUGUUUGUUUCGAGGUAACAAUGGCAAUUUGGGUCUUCAGUGGUGUUGUUUGCUGGAAUAAAUUGUACGCUUCAUGAUUAGAAGAAUAAGAGUGAUUGCAAGGCACAUUAAGUACUGUUUGAGAGUAGCAGAGGCAGUUAAAGGUCCAGUGCAGUCAAACAUGUGAUUUGUCUGUGUUUUAUAUAUAUUUCCACACUAUGAGGUUGGAAUAAUACUGAUAAUGCCAUUUUAGCGUAAGAGCUGUUUGAUCAGUUUCCCCUCCCCACUCAGACCAUUCCCAGACAGUCCUAGCAACAUUCUUGCUUAAGAAAUUGCUCUUUGCUAAGAAGCUAUUUUAAUUGAAAACAAUCACAGUGAGCUACUUAAUUAUAACCCAGAAAUGAUUUGAUAUUGAGAUAAAAACGUCUGCAUUGGACCUUUAAGGUUCAGUAAAUAUUGUAUGUUGAAGGACGGGGUUCAAUGAAUAAAAAUGUAACCUUCUGGUAACACAUUCAAACUUAGAAACAAUGACAGACAGUAAUUUACAGUUAUAAUUGACAAUACCUGCUGUCUUGGAUUUGGCAGGAAUUGAACUGCAGACACCAGUGUUGGACUUGCAUUUAAUGUAUUCUUGCACAAAAACCUUCACACAGCACAACACAUUGUUUGUAGCAAGUAUCAAUGCAUUAAGUGAUUUGGUUUGUGUGAACUGCUCCAAAAUGCAGGUAUUUGCACAGUUUAUCAUUGAAUACAUGUCUUAUUCAACGCAACAUUUCUGUUAAUAUUCUUCUGUCAGUGAAAAUGGGUCAUGUUGAGAUUUACAUUGAGAGAGCAGUAGGGCUGUGAAAAGUCACACUUAAUAUCAUGUUUACAUCAGUAACACCACAGGUAUGUUGUUUUUCCUGUCUACCAAUCCUUCUCUCCUCACGUUUGAGGCAGGGGUGUCUGCUCUUGCACAUAGCUGUUCUCUGUAUUCUUCCUCAGCAGGGGGAAACUAAGAAUCAGCUCAGGUCUCUUGGAGACAAGAGCAAUAAUGUGGCAGACAACAUGAUGUCUUGUUAAAGCAUCAUCUGCGUCACUUCAGUGUGGAUCCCUAUUGAGUCGACCACUUUCCUGAAUGAAUUGAGGGAGCUUACCAUUUCUUAAUUUCAGUGCCACUUUUGCCCCAGGCAACAGGCAGUCUUACUGGCCCUUUGCAGAGUCCCGUUUACAAUUCGUAGUGACAAGGAGGUCAAAAGGCCCUCAUUUGGGUAACAUUUGAUUAAUGUACUCUGUAAGGUGUAGUAAUUAUACAAGCACACGUGUGUAUUACAUAAAGGUUCUGGGAGGAAACUCAGGCCAUGUUGGGAGUUUGUUUGUGGCAGGUCUGGGUUCAGGCAGGCUUCGGAGGCUAGCACUGCACAUGAAUUAAGAUGGAAUUACAGGUAAGAUGGAAUUGAUGUAUUUUGUGAGUACAGGGUACUCAAGUAACACUGUUUUGUUACCUAUAUGUAAAAAGGCACUCAUUGUGACACUUUUCCAGCAGUGUUAUGAGGUGAUGAGCUAGAACCUUUCCAGUGAAUUACUAUUUGACUGUAGAUAAAAACAUUGCCUCAAAGUGACUACAAAGUGAAACAUCCCAACAUUGCUACUAUAUGUAGCACCACCUCAGACUUGUAAAAGAGUUGUGGAUAUUGGUGGUGUUCUGCUGCCAUUCUGAGCUCAUCCACAGUCUUCUCCUCCAGUUUAUAUCAACACACAUGUACAGGUUUUGUCCCUGAGAUCUCUAAAUUGGCCAAUGGUAUUGAAUGCAUGGAUAAUUGCUACAAUAAACAAUACAUUUAUUGCAAUUGUGUUGUUUGAAUAAUGAUAAAGGUUCUGUUGCUAAACCGGUUGAUAGAGAAAUAUCUGGGUAGCGUACCAAGAAUGCUGAAAAAGUAGUAAAAUGGCCACAAAAAAAGAAUGAGAGAAGGAGUAAGCACAAUAUACAACUUGUAUGCAAAAGUGACAGCAAAAUAGUUCUCUUAGUGGGACUUCUCAUGUUUCAUGAGGAACUGGAAAGUGUUCAGUGUGAGCAAUGUGGGACACUGUGUACAAAUGCCACAAUUUCAAGUGGCACCUCUUUAAGUAGCACUGCUAUGAUUUUCUACAAGUCAUUUAUACUGGUUUAAUCCACGAGGAUGGAGAAAGACGAUUAAAAGACAUUAUAGUCUUGCAUGAGAUCAUUACGGUUCAUUUCUUUUAAUGUAUUCAAACUUGUCCAUUUUUUUAAUCUAAUUUAUUUUACUGAAAUAAAAUGUAAUUAACAUACUA